AUGGAUAACUUUGAGUACAGCAUCCAGCUGAACGACAGGGACUGGGCUGACUUCUUCUUGGCGUCGGAGGAAUGCAACUUAGCGCCGGUCGCCCUGGCCACAGCUGAGGAGCAGUGUCUCAGUGACAUUGAACAAGGGGACAGCGUGCCGGGGAGAGAUUGCCGUCCCAGCGCAAACGGGGAGAUCGCAGCGAGGGCUUCAGCAAGGAAGAGUCCCAGCAGCGCUUCCCGCUCGGAGCCCGGGAUACAGGGACCCCUGCGUGACCACCCCCUGAGCCCAGCCCUGGAGUCUGCGCCCAAAGCACCCAUCUGCCCAGCACAGGAGGAGGCGAGUGGGGAGAGAGCCGGCACCGAGCCGAGCUCCCUGGACGUUGUGAGGCCCAAGGUGCCAGGACAGCUGAGAAAGAGCCGCAAACAACGUGGAGCCAGUGCUGCCGAGACAGCCCCGGGUGACAGGGAGCCUACGGGGGCUGCAGCGCAGGGGACUGGCGUACCCAUGAAGGCACCUUUAAGCUCACCAGUGUCCCCACGAAAGAGCAAAGGGAAGGAGAAAGCAGCCAAGCCAACUCCCGUGAAGCUGGGAAGCGAGGAGGCAGGGGAGAGCAAACGGCUGGUGCCCAGCCCUGGCACGAAUGAGGGUCAUCCAGCCCUGAGCACUCCCCUGAAGCAGAAAGCGAAGGAGCUGGGGGCACAGCCCCUGGGGAAGGCAAAGACCACCAAGCAUUCAAAGCCAGGGCAGGCUGGUGGCUUGGGCAUACGUGACAAUGUGCCAGUGGUCCCUACCAGCGGAGCCGCGGCUCCUCCAGGAGAGGUAUGCCAGGAGGCACCGGGGAAGCCUCUCCAUCCCAAGAGCGUGGAGGCUUCUGGAGGGGAUACUGCUGAGGGAGCUCAUGGGGAGACCCCCAGGGAGCUGGGCCCCCCUUGCUUUGCAGCCGAGGUCUCUGCAAGGACAGACACCCUGGACGUGACAUGGCCUGAGAUGUACGACUAUUUGUUCUGUGACUCUCAAGGGGAAGAAGAAGGAAUGGAGAACUCAAUGGAAGGGGAGAAAACACCCUUGGAAAGGGAAAUAUCCUUGCCUGAACUGUAUGAAUAUUUUUUCAAUGAACCAGAAGGAAACAGGAAAAAAGUCAAGGGUAAAGAAAGGAAGCGAAAGAAGUUCAGCAGCUUGGACCAUGCUCAGCUGCAAAAUAAAGAUCCCGACUCGGCUCCAGUCAAAGACUCCCUGGUUAUCUCUGUCCCUGAGGUGUAUGAACACUUCUUUCCAGACAGGCCUGGGAACAGGGCGGGCUGGAGAGGGAUUUUCUCAAUCACUCCAGCCUCCGAGGUGAAGAAAGCUGUGGGGGCUUUGAAGUCCCUUCUGCAAAGGCCAAUGCGUCUCGUCAGAGGGAAAGCCCCAGUCCCCCAGGCUCUUGUGCGGAGAGGAUCUGGAGAGAAGCUCCCCCUCAUCCCGCUGGCUCCGCUGGGAAGAGGCCAGGCACGGCCAGAAGGUUUGGACAUGGCCCUUGCAUUGACAGGGAGGCCCGAGGCUCCGCUGGCGCUGACCCACAAAGACAUGUGCCUCGUCUUCUGUGCCUUUGCGUCCUGGGCAGUGAAGACCUCUGACCUGCAGGCUCCGGAUGCCUGGAAGACCAUGUUCCUGGCAAGUUUUGGCACGCUUUCUGCCAUCCGCUACUUCCGAAGGCAGGUCAGAGAAGGACGCCGAGCCAAAAACCCUGCGCCAUCUGGCAGCCGGCGGUGGGCUCAGCUCCGUACCUGA